GUAGUUGUACUUGGUUGCCAUUGUUGGGCGAUUAAGCUAGCUCGCUACUCUGAAAGGCUGGAUCCUGAUGAAGGAAGCACUGAGAUAUUUGGCUGGAAUUAGAGGCCCAAGUGGGUAUGGAUCAAAAUCAACAGCUGAGCAAGUUACGCAAGAUUGUUCUUGCUUGAUCUCUUCUCACCUCACUGCAAUUGUCACUGGCGCGACGUCGGGGAUCGGGGCAGAAACAGCCAGAGUGUUGGCAAAAAGAGGGGUAAGGGUGAUUAUCCCGGCAAGGGACUUGAAGAAAGCUGCUGAGACUAGGGAAAGAAUUCAGAAGGAAAGCCCAGAGGCUGAGAUUUUAGUGUUGGAGAUUGAUCUAAGCUCAUUUGCUUCAGUCAAGAGAUUUUGUUCCCAGUUCUUGUCUCUAGGAUUACCCCUUAAUAUUCUCAUGAAAUCACUGUGCAGUAACAAUGCUGGGAAAUUUUCACAGAAGUUGGAGUUCUCUGAAGACAAGAUUGAGAUGACAUUUGCCACAAAUUACUUGGGGCAUUUCCUGUUAACAGAAAUGUUGUUGGAAAGGAUGAUAGAGACGGCAGCAAGGACGGGUAUUGAGGGAAGGAUUAUCAAUCUCUCUUCUGUAAUACACGGUUGGAUUACAAGGGACUCCUUCUGCUUCACCAAAAUGCUCAACCCAAACAAGUAUAAUGGCACCCGUGCAUACGCUCAAUCGAAGCUGGCCAUCAUAUUGCACGCCAAGGAAAUGGCAAGACAGCUUAAGGCGAGAAAUGCAAGGGUGAGCAUCAAUGCAGUCCAUCCUGGGAUUGUGAAGACCGGCAUUAUCAGAGAUCAUAAAGGCUUCAUCACAGAUUCCCUCUUCUUCCUCGCAUCCAAACUGCUCAAAACAACUUCCCAGGGUGCAUCCACAACCUGCUAUGUAGCUCUGAGCCCACAAACAGAGGGGGUGAGUGGAAAGUACUUUGCAGACUGCAACGAAAGCAACUGCUCGGGGCUUGCAAGCGAUGAGUCUGAGGCUCACAAGCUUUGCAAGCAGAGCCGCGCUCUGAUUCACAGAAGGCUGCGUCAAUCAAUACUAGCUUGAUAUAUAUAUAUAUAUAUAUAAUCUUCUUCAUGGAAAAGUGAUCAUAUAAUAAAUAUUCUCAUAUAUAUAUAUCAAUAUCUAUAUAUAUAUCCACUUAGAUAGACGUCAUUGUUGAUAGGAUAGUCUAGUCCUACUGAUGUACAUGAAAAUAAUAAUAACGAAUACAAUACUUAUACACUGUCCUCAAGAAUUGGCACAAGCAAUUUUUCACCCAAAACCUUCUUCAACAGCACAACGGAUUAAUUGCAAGUACUUUCAUCUC